UCCUCUUUUUGUUGCCGUUAGUGAUAAGCACGCCUGGCAGCUCAUCAUUCCCUCCAACCUCCCUCCCUCUCUCUCUCUCCCAUCACCUUUCUCUCUCUCUCUCUACAAUUUCCAUUUUUCUUCUUCUUCUUCUUCUUUCUGCAGCCCCCACACUUUACUUUCUUUCCUCUCAGCUUUUGUGUUUUUUCAUUUUUCUUUAUCCCUCUCUCACUUCAUCAAUUUUCCAGAAAAUGAAUAUGGAUUUAAUUUUUUCUGUAAUUUAUCUGCGUUAGAUUGGAUCUGGGUCUCCUCCAAUUGGGAUUUUCGUCGCCAAAAGCCACCAGUGCCAAAUUGUUUGAGGCAGCUUGACGCCAAUCUUCUUGCCAAAGUUGUGGAUAACUUAACAGAUACAGCUGCAAAAACAAAAUGGCUGUUUCCAUGAGAGAUUUGGAUCCAGCUUUCCAGGGAGCUGGACAAAAGGAUGGACUUGAAAUAUGGCGCAUUGAAAACUUUCGCCCUGCUCCUAUCCCAAAGUCCUCUUAUGGCAAUUUUUUUACAGGGGACUCUUAUGUGAUCCUGAAAACUACAGCCUCAAAAAGUGGGGCUUUGCGGCAUGAGAUCCAUUAUUGGCUUGGAAAGGAUACGUCUCAGGAUGAAGCUGGAGCUGCAGCCAUCAAGACAGUUGAGUUAGAUGCAACCCUUGGAGGACGUGCUGUCCAGUAUCGUGAAGUACAGGGUCACGAAACUGCCAAGUUCCUAUCUUAUUUCAAACCAUGUAUCAUACCUCAAGAAGGUGGAGUUGCAUCUGGGUUCAAACAUGCUGAGGCUGAAGAACACAAAACACGAUUGUUUGUGUGCCAAGGAAAACAUGUUGUCCAUGUCAAAGAGGUUGCUUUUGCUCGAUCUUCACUCAGCCAUGAUGACAUUUUUAUUUUGGAUACCAAGUCUAAAAUUUUUCAAUUUAAUGGUUCAAACUCAUCUAUUCAAGAAAGAGCGAAGGCGUUGGAAGUUGUCCAGUACAUUAAAGACACAUAUCAUGAUGGGAAAUGUGAGAUAGCUUCCAUUGAGGAUGGAAAGUUGAUGGCUGAUGCAGAAAGUGGAGAAUUUUGGGGUUUAUUUGGUGGUUUUGCUCCACUUCCAAGGAAAACAGCCACCAAUGAGGACAAAAGUUUUGAUUCUUAUCCUACUAAGCUUCUUUGUGUUGAGAAGGGACAGGCAGAACCAGUUGAGGGUGAUGCUUUGACGAGGGAUUUGCUAGACACAAACAAGUGCUAUCUUCUAGAUUGUGGGUUGGAAGUGUUUGUUUGGAUGGGGAGAAAUACAUCUAUUGACCAAAGAAGGAGUGCAAGUGGAGCUGCAGAAGAACUAGUCCGUCCUCCUGAUCGAUCGAAAUCCCACAUAAUUCGUGUAAUUGAGGGCUUUGAGACAGUAAUGUUUAGGUCCAAAUUCGAUUCGUGGCCCCAAACAGCUGAUGUAGCUGUGUCAGAAGAUGGUAGGGGCAAGGUUGCAGCACUCUUAAAGCGUCAAGGGGUUAAUGUGAAGGGUCUGUUGAAAGCUGAUCCUGUAAAAGAAGAACCUCAACCAUACAUUGAUUGCACUGGAAACUUGCAGGUUUGGCGUGUGAAUGGCCAGGAAAAGAUUAACCUUCAGUCUUCUGAUCAAUCAAAAUUUUACAGUGGAGAUUGCUAUAUUUUUCAUUAUGCAUAUCCAGGAGAGGAUAAAGAGGAACACCUUAUAGGAACAUGGUUUGGAAAGCAGAGCGUUGAGGACGAAAGGGUAUCAGCUAUAUCACUAGCAAGCAAGAUGGUUGAGUCGAUGAAGUUUCUUGCUGCCCAGGCUCGUAUCUAUGAAGGAAAUGAACCAAUUCAGUUCUAUUCAAUCUUCCAAAGCAUAAUUGUUUUGAAGGGUGGUCUCAGUGAUGGAUACAAAAAUUAUGUUGCGGAGAAAGAAGUUCCAGAUGAGACAUAUCAAGAAGAUGGUGUUGCAUUAUUUCGUGUCCAGGGAUCUGGACCUGAUAAUAUGCAAGCAAUACAAGUUGAUGCAGUUGCAUCAUCUUUGAAUUCCUCCUACUGUUAUAUAUUACAUAGUGGCUCAACUGUCUUUACCUGGUCUGGAGGCCUCACAACCUCGGAUGAUCAGGAACUUGUUGAGAGGCAGCUCGAUUUAAUAAAGCCGGAUCUCCAGUCGAAAAUGCAAAAGGAAAAUUCCGAGUCAGAACAGUUUUGGGAGUUGUUAGGAGGAAAGACCGAGUAUCCCAGCCAAAAGAUUGUAAGAUCUGGUGAAAGCGACCCCCGCCUAUUUUCUUGCACCUUCUCAAAUGGAAAUUUGAAGGUAGUUGAGAUAUACAACUUCACCCAGGAUGAUUUGAUGACUGAAGAUAUAUUCAUCUUGGAUUGUCAUGCAGACAUCUUUGUUUGGGUUGGCCAACAGGUCAACUCCAAGGAUAGGAUGCAGGCUUUAACUAUUGGGGAGAAAUUUCUUGAGCAUGAUUUUUUCAUGGAACAAUUAUCUCGUGAAGCUUCAAUAUAUAUCAUCAUGGAAGGAAGUGAGCCACCUUUCUUCACACGCUUCUUUACUUGGGACUCUGCAAAAUCUUCUAUGCACGGGAACUCUUUCCAAAGGAAACUUACUAUACUGAAAAAUGGGGGUAGUCCAACUGUAAAUAAACCAAAACGGAGAGCACCUGUAUGUUAUGGUGGAAGGUCUAGUGUACCAGAAAAAUCGCAGCGUUCCAGAAGCAUGUCUUUCAGCCCCGAUCGAGUUCGUGUGAGGGGUAGAUCUCCAGCUUUCAAUGCACUGGCUGCUACUUUUGAGAAUGCUAAUGCCAGAAACCUUUCAACUCCACCUCCAAUGGUCACAAAACUGUUCCCCAAAUCUGUGACUCCAGAUUCAUCAAAAUUGGCUUCAAAAUCAUCUGCUAUAGCAGCACUCACUGCUAGUUUUGAUAAAACAGGACCAGCAAGAGAAUCUAAUAUACCAAGAUCACCGAAAAUGAGCCCAGGGCCCCCCAAGCCAAAACAACAGGAGACAAAUAACAAGGAGAAUUCUAUGACCAGUAAACUAGAAUCCUUCACCAUACAGGAAGAUGCGAAGGAGGGUGAAGCAGAAGAUGAGAACCUCCCCGUUCACCCAUAUGAACGCCUUAAAACAACAUCAGAAGAUCCUGUUACAGAUAUUGAUGUGACGAAGCGAGAGAUUUACUUGUCAGCAGAGGAGUUCAGGGAGCAUUUCGGUAUGGCAAAGGAUGCCUUCCAUAAGUUGCCCAAGUGGAAACAGAACAAGCUUAAAAUGGCCCUUCUAUUGUUCUGAAUCUCUUCAUGCUCUUCAUUUUCUUCAGCUUGCUGCAGUUUAUGUUGCAUGCGUCAGAAUGCUUGCCCACCAAAACUUGGGGGAACACAAUUUCUCAGGAGUGAAAGGGACAGCAUCAGUGCAUUUUUAGCUGCUUCUGCUCCCAAGAAGCUAGUUUUCAUGAUUGAACAGAAACAACAAACAAUUUUUCUAGUCUUACUUUCUCUUCGGCCUUUUGAGUUGGAUUGGAAUCUUGGAUGUCUAGGUUUGCAUUUUGGUUUAGUUAGCUUCUUGGUAUUCUUUCUGGUCACAGGUUUGUCGUGAGCUUGCAUUUUUGUCCAUCUUUCAAAUUUUUAUUCAAAAUUCGAUUUUUUUUUCUUUUUACUGGGUUUCGGAAAUUGAUUUCCUGUAGAGAAAAUUAGGGGGCUUGCAUAUGCAUACUUAUGUUGUAUUGAUAUCUGAGGAUGAGAAGAGUGUGUACAGCAGAAUGUAAAAACCAAUUCGCUCCUGUUUUGACAAUAAAAGUGUGACUUGUGCCUUU